GUAACAAAGUGACGAGUGACGACAAGUGAUGAAUUGCAGUUAAAGUGGCAAACCUGUAUAAGUACAGUAUAAGUAUAAGUAUACAGUAUAAGUACAGUACCUGUAUAAGUAAGAAAGAGUCAAGUCGUGGGAAGAAAGAACUUGUUUCUAUCCAGAUUGGCUGCACAAAUUGCACCUUCGGGAUCAUAAAGACGAACAUGUGACACAAACACACACAGAAACACAGACAUAAUAAAACAUAUGGCACACGUUGCAUUCUAUCAGCGCCCUCUGCUGGAUGGACACACUGAUCUUUGACAUUUCUUUGACAUCUCUCGUUCUGUCAAUAUUAUUUCAUAAAAGAGUCAAAGGGAAGUCCGUCAUAAAAAAGGUUCAAAUAAAUUAUAAUAUAAUUACGGUAUGAUAUUUUUUAAACUAAAAUGUCAUAGUAUAGUACGUCAAUAAAAAAGUCAUACAAAAUAUCGCAUUUGUCAUUCAAAUCAAAUAUUUCUUAAAAUUGUUGUAAAGACAAUGUCCUUUAUUCUCAUAUCAACAAUACAAACAAACCCAAAUUAUAUAAAUUAGGAGAUGUUCCUUGAUAUCUUCAUUACUUUUUCAUAAUAGGUUUAUUGCUAAACAUCAUGUGAACAAUCAGUAAUGUGUUGUGUCCGUCUCCAGGUGUCAGCAUGGCACUGUCACACGGUUCAUGACAUCAUCACCAUUAACAUUCAUUCAUAGAAGCUGCUGAUUGACAGGUCUCUGAUAGACCUCAGGGGUCAAGGGACACAUUUUUCUCUACCUCUGUCCCAGUUCUGGCAUUGUUAGGGAAACUAAAAACUACUACCCGUUAUCCUAGUAGCAUUUAUUGGUCUACUGGUCUAUAUGCCCGGCAGCGCUUGCAGAGUCGCACUAACGAGCCAGGAGGCCGAUCCAUUGACAGGGUUCCUAAAAGGAGAACAUAUAUUUUACAUAUUUUCUGCUGAUCAGUAUAUUGGGGGGGACCGAUUGGUAUUUGCGCAAUAUUGGGAGGCACACAACCCCCCCAAAGAAUGCGUGCUUACGCCGUUGCAGAAUAAUUCACAUCUUACUAAACGUAGUCACGCGAAAGUGAACGAGGCAAACAAAUCCUUCCCGUUUCCUCUUCUGAGCCCAUGCAGGUCACGUGAAAAAUGAUUCAAAGACUUGUACCCAGCAGAUGAACGAAUCAUUCACCUCCCGAUCGUAUCUUCGGAUCGAUGAUUCGUUCAUCUGCCGGGUCUUUGAAUCAUUUUUCACGUGACCUGCAUAGGCUCAGUAGUACCCAGUCGGGAAGUGAACGAAUCAAUGAACGAAUCAUUUCUGUUUCCUUGACUGAGCCAAUGCAACAGUCCCAGUGCGCGGCCAUGAGGAAAUGAACGAAUCUCUCUUUGAGAGGACUCGCUACUCCCGAGUCCUUGUAAGGAUUCGUUCAAAAUGAAAGAAUCGUUCAUGAACGACACAUCACUACUCGUCCAGCGGACCCCCCCCCAAUGUCUAAACCAUGGUUACACCCUUGCUUCUGAACCUUUUCCCUGAUGACAUGAGUGGGUUGGGUUCUUGCUGAUGUUGCUAGUCCCUAUGAUCCCUUGGGCUGUUUUACUACCUGGGCCAGGUCUCUCCGGUUUUCUGUCGUGCAGCUGGUGUACCACAUGGUGGCGCAGUGGCAGAGAAUUGACUUAAUGGUGCUCCUGUAGAAGUUGACCAGGAACUGAGUUGGGCUUGGUUUAAUUUCUUCAAGCAGGAGAACUUCUGUUGGGCUUUCUUCACCAGGUGGUAAAUGUUGAUGGGUAGUUUGAGAUCCCAUGUGAUGUGGAUUCCCAGUAAUUUUACUUACACCUCCUAACUGUUCGUUCUCCUCUAACCUCUCACAUGAACACAGCUUUUUCACCACCCAACUGCUGCUCACUGGAUAUUUUCUCUUUUUGGGACCGUCCUCUGUGAACCACAGAGAUGGUUGUGUGUUUAAAUCCCAGGAGAUCAGCAGUUUGUGACGUAUUUGGCCAGCCUGUCUGCACCAACAACCAUCCACGUUAAAGUCACUUAAAUCUCCUUUCUUCCCCAGGGGAUGUUUUAGGGUUGGGUUAAGCGCUUAUUGACGAGUCAAGGAGAGCUCAUUAACCUCCGAGUCCCAGCAGUCGAACCGAGAGGUCCUUAAUCCCGGUGUCCUCCCAUCUACAGGGCUCUUGGCCAAUCAGCAUGCAGGAAUAACGUCAACAAGCAGAAGGCCCCAAAGGGAGGAACCGGUGAUUUGAUUCCACAGUUCAAACCUCGGAGGAGAGCGUCUUGCUUCGGCUGAAGAACUGCUCGUUUAUUGUCAAGGAUUCAAUAUUACAACGUGUUAAUUGUUAGAUUUCUCUACAUGAACAAAGCUGUGGACUCGAGACACAGCAUUAUAUUAUGUUUAUUUAUAUUUCAUAAGACUUAUAGAAAAUAAUUGCAAGGUGCAAAAGGUGGAGAAAUGACAGACCUUCAGAUUUGGUUCAUUGUCAGGAUAAAAUGUAAAUUGAAACUAGACACAUCUGGGGUAUUUAUAUUUGAUAAAUUAGUUAAACAAUAAAUAUUAUAAUUCAUUAUUAGUUCAUAUGUUUAGCUCUAGAAAACAAGAAUUUUUUUUUAAGUGUUAUAAUAACAAGUGAACUUAAAUAAUGAUUCUGACCAGUUCCAACCAGCUUCAGCCAAUCAGAGUGCUGCUGCGUUUAGGAUCAGUCUUCCUGUGGGACGUUUGUGCUUGGGGUAUAAUAAGAAGACCCGAGUUCCUCCCGACAACCAUCUGAGGAACUUCAGCAGGCCGCCGUUCUGAGCUCGAGGCAAAGCAGGCGCCGCGAUGGAGGCUUCUCCGGGCCGGAACUUCUCCCACGCCUCCUUUGUGUUCAGUGGUUUCGACGGGCUGCAGAAGCACCGGCAGCUGCUGGCGCUGCCGCUCUGCGCCUCUUACCUGGUGGUGCUGCUAGGGAACGGCCUGCUGGUCCUUGUGGUGCUCCGCACGGAGAGCCUGAAAGGCCCCAUGUACGUCCUUAUCGCCGCACUCUGUGCGGUCGAUCUCCUGGCAGCGACUGCCAUCGUGCCCAAGAUGCUGCUUGGCCUCCUCUUUGACUGGAACCGCAUCUCAUUGGCCAGCUGCCUGGCCCAGAUGUUCUCAACCCACUUCCUGUCAUCCCUGGAGUCCACUCUGCUGCUGGCCAUGGCGCUGGAUCGCUACCUAGCCGUCUGCCAGCCGCUGCGUUACACAGAGAUGGUGGGCGCGUCCGCCUUGUCCAGGCUACUGCUCCUCGCCCUGGUGCGCAGCGGCUCCAUCAUGGCCACGCUGGUGUCGCUGGCGGGUUCGUUGCGGUUCUGUGGCUCCGACGUGAUCCGCCACUGCUACUGCGACCACAUGGCGCUAGUCAACUUGGCGUGCGGUAGUACGGAGAGGAACAUGGUGGCAGGCCUGGCCGUGAUCGUGUGCUUCGUGGGCGUGGACAUACCACUCAUCUUUUUUUCCUAUGUGAAGAUCCUCGACGCCGCCCUGAGGGCGGCAACCGCCAGUGAGGAUCGCAGGAAGGCGUUUCACACCUGCGGCACUCACCUGAUGGUCAUGAUGUGCUUCUACCUAGUGGGUAGCGUCACCUUCCUCUCUCACAACCUGAACAUCGCCAUACCGACCAACGUCAACACCCUCAUGGGCGUUGCCUACAUUCUGCUGCCGGCCACCAUCAACCCCGUCAUUUACGGCGUCCGGACCAAGGAGAUCCGCAGCGGGUUUCUAAAGCUUUUUAGCGCAAAGAGAGUUUCUGCUGCUGGCACAACCAAGACGUGACGAAGAUGUUCUGUUCCACAUUACUCAGUUUGGUCUUUUCGUCUCUUUGAGUCACAGAUUGUUUGUGAACUCAAACUUCUCCUCAUUUACAACAAAGGAGAAGAAAGAACGGAAUAAAUUACUCCUGCAACUAACGGUUCAUCAAACUCAGUUUACCAGUAGAUUUGUAUGGUAAGGUUUGUCAAGCUUUAAUAGCUUUAAAUGAGGCGUUAUCUUUACCAAAGAUUAGCUGUACAUCAGCUUUCAUAGUUGGCGUUAGCUUUAUCAAGCGUUAGCUUUACAAUAGCUCUGUACAGUUAGCGUUAGCUUUGUCAAGCCGUGCGCUGCGAAAAACGUGCAGGCUUCAAUAACAGAGGGAAACAUUGACAUAAAUAAAUAUAAAUAGAAGGCAGAUGGCUAACUACAUAGCUACUGUAGCUAUACAAGCAGUAAGCUAUCGUCAACUGCUCCGAGGACGUCAUCAGAGUGUGUAAAUAAAGUUUUUCAAUCGGCUAAGGCACCGAAAUCAAGCACCAAAAUCUACGUCGCGUUUUGGUACGGAAGAUACUGGUCGUAUAGGAACCGGUGCCAUAUGAAACACCUUUCAUCAGUCGUGUGAAACCCACUGUGAGGACAGUUAAGGUAUGGCCAGAGGGAGCAGACUGCACCACAGCUCCGGUUUUAACGCACAGACUGCAGUGUGUUUGCCACCGAGGCCACACAGACAUCAACGUCUUUGCCUCCUCUGUUCUAGACUAUAUCAACAUAAUUUUCGAAUCCGCGUAUCCAACACUGCACCCCCUUUAGUUUGCCUACCACAAGAACAGGAGUACAGAGUGUGAGAAUGCUGUUCAUAGACUUCAGUUCAGCAUUCAACACCAUCAUCCCCUCCAAACUGAUCCACACCAAACUCAGGGAUCUGGGCAUCAACACCUCCCUCAGUAACUGGAUACUGGACUUUCUAACCAACAGACCCCUAAUAUGUCAGGUUAAAGAACCACACCUCCUCAACCCUCAUCCUGAACACCGGUGUCCCACAGGGCUGUGUGCUGAGCCCCCUCCUCUACUCCCUCUUCACCUAUGACUGCAGACCUGUACAUAAUUCUAACAACAUUGUAAAGUUUGCAGAGGACACAACGGUGAUUGGCCUCAUCAGCAACAACGAUGAGUCGGCCUACAGGAACGAGGUCCAGCACUUGGCUAAGUGGUGCGCCAACAACAACCUGGCACUCAACACCAAGAAGACCAAGGAGCUCAUUGUGGACCAAAGAUGGCAACCACACCCCCAUCUGUGAGAGUGAAGAAGGCUCAUUCGCCCCCUCAGAUCCUGGUGAAUUUCUACCGCUGCACCAUCGACAGCAUCCUCACCAACUGCAUCACGCUGUGGUACGGCACUUGCUCUGCUGUUGACCGGAAAUCUCUCCAGAGGGUGAAAACUGCCCAGCGCAUCACUGCUUCCUCACUCCCACCACCGAGACAGUCCAGCACAAAGGAUGUCUGCGGAGGGCGCGCGGCAUCGUGAAGGACAACUCUCACCCCAGCCAUAGACUGUUUGCCCUCCUCCCCUCUGGGAGGCGCUACAGGGCCCUCCAGCCCUUACCAGCAGGUUCAGGAACAGCUUCUUCCCUGCCGCUGUCACCCUGCUGAACUCUGCCCCCGGCGACAGCCCUCAGAUGCUAAACAAGUUCAUUGUCUCAGUACCUGUACUGUGCAACGACAAUAAAGUUGAAUCUAAUCAAAUCUAAUAUUGGUACCAACACUAAUGUCAUGGGGCAAAUAAUAAUAAUCAUUUUUUGAAUAUACUUAAAUUGCGAAGAUAAAUUUCAUUUUGAGGCGUAUCUAAUUUGCAAUCAGAGCAUUUGUGAAAAGCAAUCUAAAAUAAUUAGGUGCCAAAAGUUGUAAAAUGUAUUGAUAAUGAUUUUCCUUCCUCUGUUCAAGUGAAUGAGAACAAAGCACCAGAUAAAAAUGCAUUAUAUUUAGAAUGUCAAAUGUUCUUUAAGAUCAAUAUAUUGGUUUGUGUUCCAUUAUGAUCUUGAAAAUAAUUCUGAAACACACACAAACAAGUAGCCAUAAACGUCCUUUUAUUAAUGAUGCAGUGGAAUAACAUAGAAUAACAUGCAAUUGACUGGCGACUGUUCCAGGGGGAACCUUGUCCCUCGCCAAUGUUAGCUGGGAAUGAAUCCAGCCCCCCUCCAUUUAUGGCGUUUAUGGAUUAGCGGUAUAUAAAAUGACCAACUGAUUGGAAUAACAUACCCUGUCAAAAUAAAUGUUUAUCCAAAUAUUGUUAAAAACAA